AUGGAACAUUGCACAGUGAGCAGUGAAGUCUUGGCAGGUGCCCUGCCGUUUCGUGUCAUUGCUCCCCAUGGCAUAUCCUGGAGGAGAAACCCUGAAUUCAAUGACAGACUGGACUGCAGCGUUGGGGCAGGGGAAGUGGUGAAGGUGCUUGAACAAUGGGUGAAAACCGACAGAGGUUGGCUUCCACUGCAUGAUGCACGUGGCAAGCCCCUUUUGCAGCCCGUGGUGGAGGACUCUGAAGCCGCUCGGCGCGUUCCAGCAGGAGCAGCUGGGCCGGCAUUCACGGCUUGCAGGCGCGAGAAGAAGCCGAAAGAGGCCGAUGCCUUGCAACCUGAUGGCCGACGUCUUGGUUUCUGCCAACUUUGUCGCUGGCGUUCUUCCGACAACGGCUUUCGACUCGUACAAGCAGGAUGCUUGCAUGAGAAACCACCCAAUCCGUUUGGGAAGGGCUUCCCACGCGACAGAAACCUUUUGAUGAACACCUCGGUUUCUACUGCUACUGUACAUGGAAAGGACUGA